UAGCCGCAUCAGCUGUUAGCUGUUACCUGUUACCAGCUGCUGUCAAUAUGUUAGUAUCCUUCUAACUAUUGUACGUGUCUUGUGUUUUAAAGUGUAACUCUCACAAGUUGCAAAAAUGUGUCGAGUGCCAAAUAUCGGUCAAACACCUUAAUGUUUAUGAAAAGGAGGAACAGUCACACAUCGCACACAGUAACACAAAUACGCAAAUCUUUCCAUUCUAAAGGAAGGACAGUUCUCGAGCUUGAAUAUAUGCUUCAUGCGCAGAUCCACACAUAACGGUUGAUGCAGUCGGAAAGUUCGGAUGUAGAAUAUUACGACGACAAUGUUAUUCGCGAUUGUGAUUUGCAUACUUGUGCUUGGUGCCAUUUAUUUUAUGUUUCGGAAAAUGUGGUAUAUAAUGGGCAUGACUUUAAUUUAUCAAAUAAAAUACUAUUAUAUCGGAUUUGUUUAUCAUUUCGAAGAUAUAUGGAAUGCUAAAUAUAAUAAAACAGAUCUACCUUUAAUACCGUAUAAAGUUGCAAUAGUAACUGGUGGUUCUAAAGGUAUAGGAGCCGAAGUAGUGAAAAAAUUAUUGCAGUGUGACAUGGAAGUGAUUAUCGCUUGUAGGACAGUUACCGCAGGUGAAAAGAUUAUCCACGAAAUUAGGAAAUCUGGUAUCGCCAGCGGGCGAGCAAAAGUUUAUAAGCUUGAUAAUUCUUCUUUCGCAUCGAUAAGAGAAUUUGCGAAGAAAAUAAAAGCAGAAUAUGACAAAAUUCACAUAUUAAUCAACAAUGCUGCCGUUAUGUUCAGCCCCUAUAAAGAAACAGAAGAUGGCUUCGAAGAGCAAUGGGCAGUAAAUUAUUUAUCACAUUUUUUAUUAACGUCUCUUCUUCUGCCGUUAUUGAAAGCCGGCGGACAUCCUGGCGAUUGUAGUAGAAUUGUUAAUGUUACUUCAUGUGCUCAUGACAUUAGCGACAUGGACUUUACCGCUAUUAAUAAUACUUCAAAGAAUACAUUCCUCACGCAUGCAGCGUACGGACGAAGCAAAUUAGCGCAGACAAUGUUUACGAUAACAUUGCAGAAAUUACUAAUAGACAAAUCGUUAAAUGUGCUAGUAUAUUCCGUGCAUCCAGGUAUAGUAAGAACAGAUUUGUUCAGGAAUACAAUAUUAGACAAAAACAAAUGGCUUAUGAUGGCAUGGAAGACACCUGAUAAAGGAGCUACUCCAAUAAUAUAUGCCGCAUUGAAUAGAGAUAUUGAAAAGAAAAGUGGCAUAUUUAUUAGUAAUUGUAAAGAAGCCAUUCCUCCUCCAUUAGCACUAGAAGAGAAAAUCCAAAAACAAUUAUUUGAAUUGUCUUUAAAACAAGUACAGUUAAACGACUUUUUCCAACAUUUGUAACAAAAAUAUAUAUUACUUAUUUCACCAUGGAAUACCAUAUAAAUAAUUCAUUCAUAAUAAUUGAAUGUAUAAUGUACAUCUAUCUUAUUAAAUAUGAUAUAUUGUGAUAAAAAUAUUAGCAUGUUUUUUUACAUUUGAAAGAAUCAUGCGUUAUGCUCGUCCAUUCUAAUUCUAAUCGCGAGAAAAAUGUGUAACUUGGGUCAUACGCGUUAUUAAAUAUUUCAGUAAUUUUUGUUAUUGAAAUUAGAAAACAGAUAACAAUAGGUAAACAUUGACGACUGUGGAAGAUAAUCUUGUUAUUUAAAUCACUUCAAAUAUUA